AUGGGCACGAGCAGUAAGACUGAACUGGUCUUGCUUGGAUCGGUCCAUAUGGAGUUGGUGAACGGGAAGAGCUUCGACUCGCCGUUUGCUGCUCACAUUAUCAUGGGCUCCUCAACUCAGCGCUUAACCGAGCCUCGUAUCGACUUUCUUGAGGUGUUUUCUGUGAGUGAUCAAUUCUCUGAUAGGCGCUUCAUUGGCCACAUAUUGAUGCAUUUCCCGGUAGGAAAAAUCACCGCCAGCGGCGAUUCUGAGUACGGAAUAGGUACUCUGGUCAUUGGGAGCUCUGCAGCAGGAGAUUUGAGAUACAUGAUUGAUGUAGCGGGCAGACUGGGUUAA